CCACGGAAAGGUCCGAAAGGCCUCCGUCAGGCCUCGUGUCCACGACUCCACGGACAGAAGAGGAAGGGGCGAGAAUCCUUUGCUCAAUUGUGGAACGAAUCCCCAAUCGGCUCUGGUGGAGCAAGCGUCACCUCCUGUACCGUACACAUACACACCAUACACUGGGCAAUACUCGGCGAUAUCUCCGCUGAACCCGGAUUUCAUAGCAGCUGGAAGGAAGUUUCUGCGUAUUCUCAAUUUGCCGGGCAUCUUCGAGCCCUCAUCUUGGACCCUAGCACGCGUCAGAAAAUCAGUUCAUCCAACGAACCGGGAAAGAGGAGGUGAUGGCAGGCUCUCGCUUUCGUGCGGCCUGUCCGUUAUCUGCCGCCGCCCUAGCGGUGGUUGAUGAUAUGAUAGCUUUUCCCGCUCCAGGAAGCCAAAAGGAGCAAUCUAGGUUCCAUUGCAAAGCAAUUCAAGCAUUGUGCUUUGGUUCGCGAUCUGUACCUCGCCGAAGACUAUUCUCCGCGUCGAGUGAUGCCCUGUGUAUGUGGCAGCUCACCGUUGACUUGGGGACAGUGGUGAUAGAGUCCGAGGAGCUGAUAAAAGAGGAAGUUGGACCUGUUGCAUGGAUCAGUGUCAAUUCUGCAGAUACCUGGAUUGCGUGUGCGGUGAAUGAUGCGGUGCAUGUCCUGCAUGUCAAGACCGGACGAUCGAUUGUGUUACAAGGGCACCUCGGAAGGGUCAGUGGAUGUGAAUUCUUCACUCCGCUACCUGAUGCGCCCGACCUGGCCGCUUGGCUCAUAUCUGUGUCGGAUGACCGGACUUUCAAGAUCUGGGACAUCCAGAAUGCUUCAUGUCUGUAUCAAUCGACGAUUCUAUCGCCUUCACUGCUGACGACAGUGGCUCUUAGCCCCGACCGAUUCUGUCUGGGCUCGGAGGACGGCAUACUUCGCUUUUUCGAAUGGACGCCCCGCCGAGGAAAUCCAUGCGAACCAAGGUGCUUGAAAGUCGUGAAUGCGGCGGAUCACUUGAAACAAGCUAUGCAGGCUAAAGUCACGAAAGCCGCCGAACAGGAGCCCGAGGUCACCUAUGUGCAUUCGCGACAACCGCGGCCACGCAACAUCACGCCCAUCACUGACGAUGAAAAUGAUGCCGAUGAAGUGGAGCAAUCGGCAGCCAUAUUGGCGCUCAGCUACAGCGUGUUUUCGCCCAGCUGGAGGGACAGAGUGGACGGAUCACAGAGAACGGAUCUGCAGGCUCCUGGGCUAAAGAGCAAUCGGCAUCUCGUUGUGGGAGUUGCGAGCGGAAUUAUUGUGCUAGAAGCAGCGACCUACGAAAGACUGGCAUUCGUUGCGUUUGAUGGGGGUGACGCAGAGGUGGCUGGUGCCUACGCAAUAGCGAAGGAAACUCCCCGACCUAUGACUUGCCACAUUGCCAUUGGAAACCGCUUUUCGGGCAAUGUACGGAGCUUGGACGUGGUUCUAGCCCCACCACAGGAGAGAUCUGCCGCGCCACCAGCUUUCGACAUACCUCAGUCUUUGCAGUCUGUGGUGAAGACCGCCGUAGCGGCCAACUUGAAGGGUGACUGGGGUAACAACGCUUACGCGGAUUGCCUGACCAAGCUUGCGAAAGUUGGGAUUCGAUCACUGCAUGAUUUGGCAACUGCGGCUGAGCGCGGCAGCGACAUUCUGUCGAGCGUACCAGCGUUUGUGCAAAGCGCAUUGGAACAGGCUUCAGGAAGGAGCGCUGCCGCAACGUUGACCACUCUCACAUCAUUUUCGGCGCCGAAAGAUGCGAACUUCGAUGCGAAGUCGCCGUUGAAGCCGAAAACCCCGAAACCGCUAGGCCCACCAGCUACGCGGUCCGGCAGGUCAAGCGUUGCAUCGAAGCGAGGCGCGCCCAUUAAAGUAGCGACAGCACCACCCCCGCGAGAUAAGCCGGUCACGUUCCACGACACUGUAAAGUCUUCGGGUUAUCUCCGAGCUCCACAAAACACAAUGUUCUCUCCACGCACGUCCUCCGCGACAACCAGGUGGGCCAAAGUAGGAAAGGCGAAGGUUCCAGCGCGGUUGCAACCCAUCGCUCCACCGCCGGCGUACCACAACCGGGAAGCCAACAUCAAAGCGAUGAAACCUACACCAGCCGUCUAUCACAAUGCGUCCAUCACGUGUAUAAAGAGCAGUGCAAGUGGCAAAUCAAUUGCCUCGGCGUCCGCUGAUCGCACCGUGCGGUAUCACCGGGUUACUAGCCCCGCUGAUUCCGUCAAGUCACUGAUGGGCCAUGAUGCACCUGUGACGACCGUAUCGUGGAGCGCUCUGAAGACUGGUCCGUUUGAUCAGCUGUUGCUUACUUCAGCUAUGGAUGGGACAGUGAAGCUGUGGGCUGUGGGAGCAUCCGAGCCGCUCCUAACGUUCCGAGAGAUUGCAGGUAGCGGCAGCAAAGCGGUGGUGGGGAAAUUGCCGGCGACGAGAAUCACUACAGGUGGAAGCCACGGAACACCUGCACAAGCUACAACCCCAAAAACAUUCAUGCGCGACAUUUCCACGGCACGCUUCUUCCACCAAGAUCGCCUCAUCGCCAUUCCGUCCGGGCCUGCCCUACACCUGUACACAUACGCGCUCGAGAAACCGCCCGCAGGGUCCGUACAGCCCAAUCUCAACUACAACACAUAUCGCCUCGCUACUACCCUGACGGCAUCAGCGCAUAACGUCACUACCGUCGCCUGCAUCAACUCCUUUCGCUCACAUCUCGUCAUCAGCGCCAUGUCGGAUAAGACUGUGCAGAUAUGGGACGUGGCGCAGUGUACGAGCGUCCGCACUGUCCCGCAUGCACAGGAACGUGCGGUGCAUUGUAUUGCUUUGCCGGAUUAUAAUGCCGGUGAUGCAGGUGCAGCUGCGACGUAUUUUACGGCGGCGGUUACGGACUCGAUCAAGAUGUGGGAUUUGAGGGCCGAGAAGGCUGUCUUGCAUUUGCAUGGCCAUGUGAAUCGUCAUGCGAAGGUAGCAUGCUGUGUGUCGCCGUGUGGAAGGUAUUUGGUGACUGGAUCCGAGGAUAACCACGCGUAUCUAUACGAUGUUAGACAAGGCCGUGUGUUGGACAGAUUAGGCGGACACUCGGAUGUGGCCUCUGCGGUUGACUUCAAUCCAGUACAGCGAGUCAUUACGACUGCCGGGUAUGAUGGGAAGGUUUGCUCCUUUACGUAUUAGCCACUGCUAGAGCGGCAUCCUGUUGGUGUACGACGUAAUUUGAAUUUCUCCACGCGUAUGAGCAUUGAGCAUCAUUGGCGGUCGUACGAAACAAGGAAGCUGUCGUGUUCUUAUACAUAAUCUCUCACUUAUGACGUUGCAAUAUACCUCAA